AAGUCGAGCGGUACCCCUGCUCCACAACAAAACGGAACGACGCGGUUGCGAUAAUUCGGUGUCCCAAGUCUUGUUUACAAUUCAAAAAUAUUAAAAAUGCCGCCAAAGGGGGCCGCCCCAAUCCAGCUAAAUAAGCGAACCUGCCGCCUGUGCCUGAAUGACUGCCAGGAGCUGUUAUCCUUGGAGUGUGCUCUCACACCCGAAGAACAGCAGAAUAUCAUCUCCAAGUUUCUACAGAUCGACCUGAAGGAAAACUCACCGUUCAGCAACGCUUGCCAGAACUGCGUGGACGAGGUGCGUCGGAUAGAAUACUGGAGGGAAUUCUUUACGAGCAAGAAUCGCAUGUUCGAUGUUCUUUGGACACAACACAAGCGGUUUCAAGGCAACAAAAAGCCGAAGCUCUUCAGAGAAGCGAUCGUCAGGGAUAAAAGAGUGAUCGCGGAUGGCUACAUUAUCGAUCACAUCGUGUUGGAGCAGAACGAGCUGUACAUUGAUCCGAUGGAAGAGUUCGCAAAAGACGAAGAAGAGGACGAUCAGGUUUUGGACGUCAAACAAGAGGUUACCGAUCCGGAAUCUUCACUUGCAAACGAGGAGCUGGUGUAUGAGGAAGUUGCCGUAGAGGUCGAAGACAUCGAAGAUGGAUCAAUGCUCAUGGCGGAGACGAAGCAACCAGCCGAUGAUAUCGACGAAGAAGAAAGCAUGGUGAUAGAGGAAGGGGACGAAAUCUUGAUGGAAGAAGAAGAUGAGGAGGAGGAGGAGAUACUCGAGGAGCAUAUAGACGAGCAGCAGAUAGGAAGGGAAGAUUCGACGGCAGAGGAAACUGGGGAGGAUGUUUGCCAUAACGAAGCGGAAAGUGAGCAGAUUGAGGAGAGCGGCAAGAUCGAAGUUCUGGAAGUCAACGGUGGAGUAUACGAUAGGACGCUCCUCUGUUGCUAUCUUUGCAUGCAGGAGUAUGACGACGCGGACCAGCUUAGUCAACACUUCCAAGAGGCACAUCAGGAUACGGUACCGUUUCACUGCGACAAAUGCCUGUCCUAUUUCUCCUCGAUGGAGGACGUGAACCAGCAUCUUGUCACGCAUGUGUACCCGUUCGUGUGCCUCUACUGUCGGCAACAGUACAGUCACGAGGUACUGCUAGUGGAACACAACAAGACUUGCCAUGCGUAUCGCUGUCCGCACUGUUCGGCGGAAUUCGAGAUCAUGGCCCAGCUGAAUGCCCACAAGAAGGAACACGCAGCCAUACUACGGCAAUCGAACCGAUGCAAAACCUGUGGCCGAACGUUUACGCAGCAGGGCAAUCUGUUACGGCACGUACGGCUACGUUCCUGCGUAAAGCCGACACCGAAGAUGGGGAAAUCGAAAUCGAGCAACCAAAAGGCCUCGUCGGAAGCUGCUAAUAGUCUGCGUCCCAUAAGGAUCUUCCAGGAAUUGUCUGCAGAUAAAACAUUGAAGGAUAUCGAGGAGAUUCGCAUGAAGAAUGUGGUAGUUUGUCAGGUGUGUAGCCAUCGGUUCGAGAGCAACAGCAAUCUUGCGCGUCACAUCGAUCGUGAGCACGCUGAGUUCAAAAUUCCGCUCUAUAGCUGCGACGUUUGUCCCAAAAAGUUUACGGUCUUUGAAAAGUGUAUCCGACACCGUGCAUUUCAUCGGCAGUCGAAGCCAAAGGAGAAGCCGGCGAAAAAGGAGGAUUCCGACCGGAAUUGUAAGCUGUGCGGCAAGGAGUUCCGCAUCGAGUUCCAACUCCUGCGCCAUCUGGCCGAAGAGCACAUGCUGGCGCUGCAACUGUUCGAGUGUGAUCAGUGCGAUCGAAAGUUUUCCACCGAAACCAAGCUACGCAAGCAUCUGUACAAUAGCCACCGCGAGAACAAGACGCUCUACGUUUGCUCGCACUGUGGGCAGAAGUUCGAGAAGAAGCUCACUUUGAAGGACCACGAAACAAAGCAUCUGGGCGAACCGGCGUACCGGUGUGAAAUCUGCACCAAAACCUUCAUCCACAAGCACAGUCUCGAUCGGCAUGCGCUCGUGCACAGCGAUGCGAAGAUGUUCGAGUGUGAAUUUUGUCUGAAGCGCUUCAAGCGCAACACAACACUAGUAAUACAUCGCAGGAUACAUACUGGGGAAAAGCCCUACUCCUGCGAUACGUGCGAUCUACGUUUCAUCGAUUCCAGCACCCUCAUCAAGCACCGGCAGCGAUCGCAUUCCAAAACCGAAUGAGAGCCACCGGUUACCGGGCUGCCCUACGAAGAUUAAGGCAAAUAGUGUAUUUUCGUUUCUGCCUCCAGAUAAGCUGUAAUCCGACUCUUUUUUUCAUAACUGAUAAAUUGCGUAAUGAAGCUUUGUUUUCUUUACGACCAUAAAAAUACCGUUGAAGUCUAGGCAUACGAUUAACCUUGAAUAAAACUGAGAAAAAUAUUUAACACAAGUUUUGAUGCAUUUGCGCAAUGCAUUUCAGUUCCUAGAGCUCCAUCCGCUCCUAUUGGUUUCUUGAGCGAAUAAACCAUCUUGUAU